CCGUGGGAAAAAGGAAAAAGAAAAUCAGAAAAAUCAACAGAAAUCACAUCCUAUCCAGUAUCCACAGAAGAAAAUGAAGCAAGGACUUCUCCAAUGGAGUCCUUGCAACCACCUCCGCCCCUCCCUCUCCUCCUCCUUCCUCCUCCGCUCGCCAAUCCGUAUAGCCAGGGUCGCCGGACGGCCCCCGCCGCCUCCUCCUCCGGCGGCGGCGGCGGUCUCCGCGGCUCUCGAGCCGCCAGCCGGCGCCGAGGCCCUGACGGCGAGGGAGCGGAGGCAGCUCCGGAACCAGAGGCGGGAGAGCAGGGCGGCCUACAACUGGCGGGAGGAAGUGGAGGAGCGGCUCAUCAAGAAGCCCAAGAAGCGGUACGCCUCCUGGACCGAGGAGCUCAACCUCGACACCCUCGCCGAGCCGGGGCCCCAGUGGUGGAUCGUCCGCGUCUCCCGCGUCCGGGGCCAGGAGACCGCCGAUUUGAUCGCCCGCUCGCUCAUCAGGAACUUCCCCGAGGUCGACUUCAAGGUAUAUGCACCAGCUGUCCAAGAAAAGAGGAAAUUAAAGAAUGGUUCUUAUUCUGUUAAAGCAAGGCCCCUCUUUCCAGGAUGUGUUUUCUUAAGAUGCAUUUUAAACAAGGAGUUACAUGACUUCAUUAGAGAAUGUGAUGGAGUUGGAGGCUUUGUGGGAUCGAAAGUUGGAAAUACAAAAAGGCAGAUAAACAAGCCUCGGCCAGUAUCUGAGGAUGACAUGGAAGCUAUCUUCAGGAAGGCAAAAGAAGAACAAGAGAAGACCGACCGAGCUUUUGAGGAGGAGCAAGUGUCUGAAAAGCUCAAGUCUGAAAAGCUUGAUCUAGACCUACAUUCAAGUACAGAUGAUUCUUUGGAAUCUGCGUUGAAGCCAAAGCACAAGUCCCGAAAAUCUUCCAGCACAGUUGGUGGUUUAUCUGCUAAAGAAAAAUACAAGCUUCUUGUCCCGGGUUCCACUGUUAGAGUUUUAUCAGGAACUUUUGCAGGCUUUGAAGGCAGCCUCAAGAAGUUGAAUCGCAAGAAUAAAAAGGCAACCAUUGGAUUUGCACUAUUUGGGAAAGAAAGCUUGGUAGACUUGGAUGUGGAUGAAAUUGUACCGGAGGUGGCAUAACCUUUGAAUCUUUUCGAUGAAUCCCUGGUACAUGGCAGGCUCCAAUGUGAAGAUGAUGGCUAUGUUUUAAUCCCUCGACGAUGAAUUUGCAGGGUGAUUGACCCAGAGGCAUGCAGGCGCAUAGGUCCAUUGACCGUUGUACGCUUUGAUCGGGUUGUUUUCUGUCGGCAGUGAAUGGAAAACAUUUAGAGAUCAAGUUCUACUCGAUACCAGGUGAGAGAAUUAGUGUCUUGUCAUCAUAAUGACCCGUAGAAAAUUCUAUCCAGCGGAUCGUCAGAAUGUCUGAUUGAGUUGGAGAAAGAAUAUGCUAGGCCGGGGUCUGUAGUGCUCGAGCUGGUCAAUCUUCUUUUCAUUGCGAGCAAUUCUUCUUGUUCGUUGUCAAUCGAUUGUCUAUCUUAUCGUAGUAGGAAAAACAAGCGACUCCACUGAAAGCCCAACCACUUGGUCGAUCCCACCAAGAUUCACAAACUAUUCAAUCCCGAUCGGAUCUUGUCGCA